AUGCGCAACCAACCUACCAUCGCCCUGGGCCACCUCCUCCCAGAAGGCACCCCCACCCCCCUAAUUCCAGUACUGAUUAUUAUCGAAACAAUUAGCCUUUUUAUUCGUCCCAUCGCCCUUGGUGUUCGACUCACUGCCAACCUAACAGCAGGGCACCUCCUUAUUCAACUUAUUGCCACCGCUGCAUUCGUCCUAGCUCCCCUAAUGCCUACAGUUGCAUUACUAACCGCAACACUCUUACUACUACUAACCCUCCUGGAGGUAGCUGUGGCUAUGAUUCAGGCCUACGUCUUUGUCCUGCUUCUAAGCCUGUACCUUCAAGAAAACGUCUAA